GGAAGGAAAAAAGAGGGAGACAGCCAGGGGAAGAGAAAGAUGUCACUGUCUAAUCUCCCUGUCAUUUUUAUUUCCAGCAAGCGCCGGGCAGAGGAGCUGCUAGAACAAUGCUGAGGCGGGCGAGGUGAGGAGCGGCCCUCGCGGCCCCCCCCCCCCCCCCCCCCCCGACGACGGAGUGUCUCGAACAGGUGAUAGGAGGAUCCGGAAACCGAGGCCACCUGGGCAUCCCUCCCCGCUCUCAGCCAGGCCCGGCACCCCAAAGGCAGUGGGGAAACCAUGGCGACCAAUUUCAACGACAUCGUCAAGCAAGGCUACGUGAAGAUGAAGAGCAGGAAGCUCGGGAUUUACCGGAGGUGCUGGCUGGUGUUCCGGAAAUCCUCCAGCAAAGGGCCCCAGCGGCUGGAGAAGUACCCAGAUGAGAAGUCAGUGUGCCUCCGAGGCUGCCCCAAGGUAACUGAGAUCAGCAAUGUCAAAUGUGUCACGCGGCUCCCCAAGGAGACCAAGAGGCAGGCGGUGGCCAUCAUAUUCACCGACGACUCAGCACGUACCUUCACCUGCGACUCAGAGCUGGAGGCGGAGGAGUGGUACAAGACACUGUCUGUGGAGUGUCUGGGGUCACGACUCAAUGACAUCAGUCUGGGAGAGCCGGACCUCCUGGCCCCAGGAGUGCAGUGUGAGCAGACAGACCGCUUCAAUGUCUUCCUGUUGCCCUGCCCCAACCUGGAUGUGUAUGGCGAGUGCAAGCUGCAGAUCACCCACGAGAACAUCUACCUCUGGGACAUACACAACCCCCGCGUGAAGCUCGUCUCGUGGCCCCUCUGCUCGCUGCGUCGCUAUGGCCGGGAUGCCACACGCUUUACCUUCGAGGCUGGCCGGAUGUGUGAUGCCGGGGAAGGGCUCUACACCUUCCAGACACAGGAAGGGGAACAGAUCUACCAGCGGGUCCACAGUGCCACCUUGGCCAUCGCUGAGCAACACAAGCGCGUCCUGCUGGAGAUGGAGAAGAACGUGAGGCUGCUGAACAAGGGCACGGAACAUUACUCAUACCCCUGCACGCCCACCACUAUGCUGCCCCGCAGUGCCUACUGGCACCACAUCACAGGUUCCCAGAAUAUUGCCGAGGCGUCCAGCUGUGCCGGUGAGGGGUACGGGGCAGCCCAGGCCAGCUCAGAAACAGACCUCCUCAACCGAUUCAUCCUGCUAAAGCCAAAGCCCGGCCAGGGGGACGGCAGCGAGGCCAAGACCCCAGCCCAGUGACGGCAGGGCCGGCGCGCGCCAAGGACCGCCGGGGCUGCCUCUUGCUGGGCCGACUGCAGCGUGUCGUGGACGCCCUCGAGGGGCUGCUGGCCAAGAGCCUGGAGAAGCGGAGCAAGCUAUCCCUUCCUUGCCCCCAGGGUGAGGCUGGACCAAGGCAAAGGGCUGGCCACACCGCCAGAG